AUGUUCUCCGCCCGGGUUACUAUCCGGAGAAGCAAAUCGCCGGGGAACAAGAACGCCCUCCGGGCCAUCGAAUCUUCCCCUCUUGGGGAACCAAACUACAACUACUACAUAUACCUUAUAAUUUUAGCCAAAGAUAGUUCUCGGGGAAGCCAUGGUGGUAGUUUCUCGUCUGGGGGUCCGAUGUCGUCGUCUUUAUUCUUUGGGUUUUCGGAUAUACACCCCCGUCCUCUCGCCAGGCUCUGGCUUGUCAUUCUCGAUCUAAUUGCUUGGAUUGGCAAGGCGGCAGCGUCUUUUUUCUCUGGAUAUUUCCCCAAGAAGGCUUCCGAUGGAAGCUUAGAGCGGGCAGACGAGAUGCCCAAGCCCGAGAUGCCUCGUUUUGAUGGACAUGACACAUUUCCCUCCGAAGCCGGCAAGGAAAUCACCACCCUCCAUGCUGACGACCCGGCCACAAAUACCACCCUGCUCCAUUCCCUCCUGGAGAGGGAUGGCGCCGUAAUCGUCAAGAAUCUUUUCCCCAAGUCCCUCUGUGCCCAGAUCAAGCAAGAUCUCAAGCCCAUAUUCGACGCAGACAAGCCGGAUCCCGCUGGUUUCUUCCCCAGCACAACAAAGCGUGCUCAUGGCAUCCUUGCUCAGUCACCUUCCAGCGCCAAGCUGGUAGUGAACCCGCUCUUUCAGUCCGUCGCAGAGGCCAUGUUGACCAGCAGAUACACCUAUUGGGAGGGCCAAGAGCAAAAGAGCGUGGCAGCAAAGCCACAGAUUGCGAGUAUCGUAGGUUUCCGCGUCGAGCCCGGCGGCAAGCAACAGCCUCUCCACAGGGACGACUCCGACUAUCAUACUCGAAACUGCGAUAUGCCUGUCAUGCUGGGCUGCGUCACGGCAUUGUCCAAGACGACAAAGGAGAAUGGCGCGACGGUCAUUAUCCCAAAAAGCCACCUAUGGGGACCGGAGAGGUGCCCGCUCGACGAGGAGACCAUUUCGGCAGAACUCGAAGUCGGAGACGCAGCCAUCUUCGUUGGCAACGUAUAUCACGCAGGAGGCGCAAACGUCACCAAGGACGACGCACGUGAGACAAUCGGCGUGUUCAUGUGUAAAGGAACCCUAAGGCAAGAAGAGAAUCAGUAUUUGGAAUUGCCGCCAGAGGUAGCAAAGGAUCGAGGUUUCUCACCGCAAUUGUUGCGUCUUCUCGGGUAUGGACUCUGCCCACCAGCGCUGGGCUUAUACAAGUAUAAGGACCCAAUGGAGGAGAUAUUCAACGUCUUGGACGAAGAAACAAUCCGCAGAUAG